ACAAUAACUCAAGCUUUUGACCUGUAUCUGCAUGAUUGUGUGUGUACAUUGCGCCUGUGCCACAUGAUUGGCUGAUUGGAUAAUUGCAUGACUAUGCAGGGAUACAGGUGUUCCUAUUAAAGUGGCCUGAAAGUGUAGGCGAUUUAGUUGCAUGAGAAAGCAGUGAAUUUAUGAUUUUGGUAUUUUUAAAAGCCCAAAUUCUGUCCACUCGCCCAAACAAACACAUUUUACUCUGUACAAUCCAAUGAAAACCCGCCCAGUCUGGCAGCAGUGUGAGAGACUCUCCCGGAUCCGUAGGCGUCAGUACAGCGGAUAAACAUGUCGUCUGAUUCCCUCAGCUCCUGUUUCUGUUCCACACACCGAUGCUAUGGAACACUGGAGAUGGAGAGCUGACGGUUGUGUAUUUUCACUGGACAUCGGACAAGCUGGAAAAUUGGAAUCACUGGUUUGGGGAACAAACCUGACUCUGAUGCGUUCAUUCCUGAGGCCAGAAUUGUUCAGAAAGUAUCAAGUAUAUGGAUCACAAGGAACCCCCAAAAUAUGAGGACUGGUGCUGAGUCAAGUGGAAAAAGAGCAACAGAGUUUUCAACGCAUGAAUCAAACCACUUGGGCUGGAUGUAGAUAUUUACGUAAGUACAAAGUGGAGAAAACUGUAGCAGAGACUGUUAAUCUAAAAAGAUCAUGCUCUUUAUAAGGACUUGUUGAAUUAUUUAUCCUAUUUACUAGCUUCACUGAUAUUUUCUUUGUCUAUUAGUGCAUUUUUGACAAUAUUAUUAAGGAGACUCUUUUUAUCUGUGCGUGUCUUGAGAUGGUAAUAGCAAAAACUGAAAUAAAGCAUCUUGUAAAACUGUUGCUAAUGUCUGCUUUCUGUUGGAAUAGUAUGUAACUUACAGGGCUGUUUGAAUAUCAAAAAAAAAAAAAAAAAAAAAAAAAAAAAAAAGUGAUGUUAAGCAAGCAAGAAAGAGGACACAUGCAUCGGAAUGACACAGGGUUUCACCCCACUCAUGCAAUUUUUGCUCCAGCUCCUUCUUAUGGGGUUUGGUAAGUAGACCCACUAAGAUUUAAAUAAGGAUUGUAAUAAUAUCCAAAAUUAAGUUUAGCUGUAAUUCCUUUAUCCAUGCCUAUAUAAAUUCAUUGUGCAUAAUCAUUUAUUUCUAGGUAUAUAAUUAUGCAACCUGAUAUCACAUAUUUGUCCAGGAUAAGCAGUCCUCAGUGUUCUUUAGUAGAGCAAGCUUAGAUAGGAAGAGAAGGGAGGGAGUGUUUUUCCUGCCUGCUUUUCCGUUGGUAUAUUUUUUUUUUUUCUUGGGAAGUGACCUGUGUGUAGUGGCAUUCGUAAAUCACAAUGACUUGCUCAAGUGAAUGUAGGGUCUCAGAGCCUAUUGUCUAAACACUGAGUGUUUUGGAAGGGAGGUGUGGGAUAUAGAGUACAUACAAUAUGUGGCAAUAAGUGUUGAAUAGGCAAAUAUACCUUCCUGUUUAUGGUAGAUGUAUUAAAGCAGUUCAGUUCAAUUCAGUAGUGCUUUUAACAAUAGACAUUGUAACAAAGCAACUUUACAGAAAUGAAUGUAGAUUUAGAGCCCUAAUAAUGAGCUAGCUGGAGGUGACACUGGCAAGGAAGAGUUCCCUGAGAUGACAUGAGGAAGAAACGGAACCAGACUGAAGAACCAGACUGAAAAGUAAACCGAUCCUCUGUUGGGUGACAUCAGAUUGUGGGAUUAUAGAUCAUUACUCUUAUACAUAUGUAUACUAUAAAUCCACCAGUGCUAAGUGUGUUGAAAGGAUGUUCAGUAUGGGCACAAUGUAAAUGUGACCUGGCACAGGACAGUCUUCAUGAUCACAGCAGCAGUUCUUAUGUACAAGUCCAUUGUAUAAAGGUGAGAUCCACUGAAGCAAGGGUACGACUAAAGGAUAAGGUUAGGGUUAAGGUAAGGUAUAACUGAAUUAUACCUUCUGGAGAUAUCAAUUUAAGGAAAGUUCAUAAGGAAAUAAUAGUUCAACAAUCAAACAUCUUAAAUGUUUUAUAACUUAGACUGUAAAUGUCAGUAAAUUAGACUGCAUAUUUUCAUCAUUCUGUAUCAAUUGGUUUAAUUUAUGAGCUGUGUCCUUUUUCAUUUUUUGCACUCAUCCUUUCACUUUGUGUUUUUUUUUGUGUGUUGUUUUCCAUUUUCAGCAAUGGCUGGUCUACAUCUGUGGCCGUCGGUACAUGUUGCUCUAAGCAAUGCCAGUGUUUUUGUCACUUACAAUGCAGACAGCAACAUGACAGACAGUGAACUGUCCAUGGAUUUGGUUGACCUUGAUAAAAAUGUAACUGUGCUAACUAGACCUCUGCCAUUCAACCAGUCAGCGGGCAUUCUAGAGUUUGACUGCACAUACUUCCUAUAUGCUGGGAACUUCAGCUUUAGAUUAGACCAAAUGGGGCACCAGGGUGCACUGAAAAGUACCUCCAGCUGGUGGAGCCCAGUACUACGCAUCCAGUGGCCCACUUUCCACUUUGGAGUGGAACGUGCUAACAACAACCACAACUCCGGGGCAUUUCAGGUUUCUGUGUCUACCAACCUUGACUUCCAUGUCUGCCUGAACAGCAACUCAUCCCUCUACCUAGAGGUCAGCUACAUGGAGCACAACCAGAUUGGGAAGAACACCAUCAACAAGGUGCAGAAACGAACGACACACAACAUCCAGGUUGUGAAGUCCCAGCAUGUGGACCUCCAGUGUGCCUCCCUGCUGACUGAGGCUGGCUUCAUCCAAGUAGCUCUCAAGUCCCAUUAUACCCAACAGGACAUCAAAUCCUCAGGACCACUCUAUCUGUCUCGCAUCUUCUCCUACAAGCUUCUGGUUGAGAACAUCUACAAGAGUGGUUGUGAGGGCACAGUGUCUGUCCGCCUGCUCUCUCCACCCUGCACAGUCACGACAGGGAAAGUGUUGCUGUAUAAGGAGGCCAGUGCUGCUCCAAAGCAGGAAAAUCUCUCUCAGCUUGCCUUUCACUUUCUCACCGGAGGGGAGAAUGAGACCGAGUUUAAUUGCUCGCAGUUUGAUGUCGGCCAGAAAAAGUACUGCUUUCAUUAUGCACGCAUCUACAGUCAGUCCUCCAGUUUGGCACACACAUGCAUCAUUGUGCAAAGAAAUGCUGUAGACAUGUGGGUCCCAUGGCAAACAUGGAGCGGAUGCAGUGUCACCUGUGGAGAAGGGGUGCGAGAGCGUGUGCGUGAGUGCUUGCUGCCCCCUGGUGGUGGUGUGCAGUGCACUGGCAUGGUGAGAGAGCAGUCACUCUGCUCCCUGGAGGACUGCACUGACGUCCUGCCUCCCGUUUCUGUCUCGCCUCCUCCAGCUGUGGACUCCUUUCUCGGAGGAAACCUAGUUGUGUUGGCUGGUAUCUCGCUCUGUCUAGCUGUCAUCCUGGUCACUAUCCUCAUUACCGUGUGGAGGAAAGUGUGCCAUGCCCCAAAGUGUAGCUCAGCACGGCCUGACUCUAUGCAUUCUCCCGGUGGAUGGAAGAAUUCAGAUGAGGCUUCUAUUUGUGGACGCAGCGUGCAGAGGCCUAGUUUCUCAGAGAGUAUGGUGGCAACUGCACUUCAGAAAGGCCAAACAUGUCCUGUGUCUAUUCGAGCAGCGUCAGACAAGGGGGUACUGGCCUGUCAGCAGAGUUUCCUCCUCCCCAUGCCCUUACCCCAGGAUCCUGACCGGCUGUCCCCCUCUGGUCAAAAGAUUCUUCCCCCCAUUUUUGGGUACCGUUUGGCACAGCAACAGCUUAAGGAAAUGAAGAAGAAGGGACUUAAAGAGGAUACACGAGUCUAUCUUGUCUCCCAGAGUCCUGUUGAUGACACCAUGGUGGAGGCCACAGCCUCAACAUCUGCUGCUCUUACACCAGUGCCUCAGGACCUGGAAAGUCAAGAAGAUGUCAAUAUCAGUCACCUCCGCAAAUCCCCUUUCACAGAGCCCACAUGGCCUCACAGAAACUCUGCCACUCUGCCUGACAGACUGAGCCCAAAGGUGGACCUUAUGUUGGCCACACCAAAAGCUAUGUUUAGUGAUCGGGACAGACGGCAAGAACGCACUGCAGACUGGGUGGCAAUGGUGGAACGAAACAGACUCAAUUUUUCUAAGAAUCCGAUCUUCAGGAGGACAUCUAGCUUCAAUGAGAGCAACCUGCAGCACUUACCUAAGCCACAGCCUUUUAGGGAGCGGAGCAUGACUCAGGUGACCCCUCGCCAGCACCCAGAGGGCAGCUGUAGAACCAGAAACUGGGAGCAUCCAAUACCUGAGCUGGAGGACUGGUCUCAGACUAAAUAUAGGAUACCUGACAGUUCUAGUGACCACAGGCAGCAACCCUGGGUAGAUAUGCCUUCCUUCUCGAAAUCCAAACCCACAAUGGUUCAUUCAGGGUCUUCAAUACCAACAAAAAAUCGAGUAACAGACAGUCAUGGAGUGGGCUGGGCCCCAUCUGUUGGGAUGGAUCGAGUAGAAAGGGCAGAACAAAAUUGGAAUAGGAGAGGUCCAUCACCCAUCCAGAGGAACAUUUUGGCAAGGAAGUUGCGAGAAGCGAAUUCAUCAACCAACAACCACAGACAGAGAAGUUCCACCUUUUCUAGCUCUGAUCAGAGCAGGGGCCGAUUCCGAAGCCUCCCACUCUCUGCGGACUACAGCAGCUCCUCCUAUGGUCUGACUGAGGAUGAGCAACGAAUGAUGGACAUUUCUGGAUAUCUGGGAGAAGAGGACGGGACAGGAAUAAUGAAAGACCUCAGACUCACCUGAUAAUAUCCAAGAAUGUCCAGAUCAAAAACUCCAGAGCUGAAUUCCCCCAAUUGAAUGUUUCUCUAGUUGUUGUGGUUUGCAUUUUAAAACUACAAGAGCCUCUUUUUUUUUUAGAGCCUUUAUUUGGGAAUGACCAUUUUGGGAACAAGUUUUAUGAUUAGCUGAAUAAUGAAUCAUUUAUUAAUUUUGUGAUUGAAUUUCAUUUUAUGUUCCUUAGUAAUCUAUUAACAUCACAAAUCAUAUCAAAUGUGCAGUGUAGAAAUUUUAUUUUCGGAACAUUCACUGUGCUUUGAAGAUAUUUAGUGUUAUUGGCACCUGAUGUAAAUAAGCAGUAAAUGUAAGUAUUGUUACUUUAAUGCUGCCAUAAAAUCAUGUUGAACAUUUUAACAGAUACUGUAUAAAACAACAAGCUGGGUUUAUCAAAUAAAUGGGUAAACAAUCAACAAAAAAAACUAGGGUUAUUCAAUUUUUCACUGCAUUAAGUAGUAUAUUGCAGCAACUUGAUUAGUCUUUAAAUCCCUCUAAAUUACAAUAUAUAAGCAAUAUUUAAUCUAAGAAUAAAUGCUUUUAUAUUUGUUUGUAAAUGGAAAAUAAGCUAUUUUAAUAUCUUUUUUUUUUUUUGGAAAUUUUGCAGGAUUACUGCAUAUUAAUUUUGUUUUAGUGUAUCCAGAUUAAAAGAAUGUAAUCAAUCUGGCUGUAGUCUAAUUCAGAGUAGUUUAAACUGUGGGAGUCUCUUUACACUGGAACAAUGUCUCUGCUCAUACCCAGGCAAGCAAUGUUCUGUAUGCAUUGUAAAUAAAUUUCUUUCAUGUUUAUCA